AGCGUUGCCUAGCAGCUAGGCAGAGGACUCAGGCUAGAUCACGUUGUCUUUGUUUUUUACUCAGUAUAUUCAAGGAACCGUCGGACAUUUCCCUCCUCAGCCUGCCUGUCAUCUGUCUGUUUCCCUCUCGCAGUCUCUAUGCCAAACAUGCCCCAGACCGUGACAUUAAAAGGACCCUCUCCUUGGGGUUUUCGACUGGUGGGAGGACGGGAUUUCAGCACACCCUUAACCAUCUCCAGGGUAACAGCCGGAAGCAAGGCGGCCCAAGGCGACCUGUGUCCAGGCGACACCAUCCUGGCUAUCAAUGGCGACAGCACAGAGAACAUGACACACAUGGAGGCUCAGAACAAGAUCAAAACCUGCACUCAGCAGCUCACACUCAGCAUCAGCAGGUCGGGAUCAGGAGAUAGAGUUUGGUCGCCAACUGUUAGUGAAGAUGGAAAGACAAGCCCUUACACGGAGCCUGAUUCACAGAAUUUCCGUCCCAUCACCUGUGGAUAUGGCAGUUCCAGCCGUAAACCUUCAUACACCCCUGAACCCCAGUCCCCGCAGGCCACCCAGCCCCCUCACCUGAAUAACGGACACUCCAGACCCAACAACGGCCACAGCUAUGGAUACGGAAACGGAACCGGGCACGCUCAGUACAACAACCCUUCGGGACUUUAUGCUGGCAGCAACGGAGACAGAUCUCUGCCAAGCAAGAUGGGGGGCCUCAGCCUUAGCGCCACACACAGCCCAGAGCCUCCCAUGCAAUCCCCUGUGAGCCGUAAUGGUUUCGACACUCAGUCAGAUGUCUACAAGAUGCUGCAGGACUACGAGGAGCCCGUCUCUGAACCCAAACAGUCUGGAUCCUUCAAAUAUCUCCAGGGAAUCCUGGAGGCUGAGGAUGGCGGUGUGUCCCCAACAGAGAGAAUGAGAAGCUUAAAGUCGCCCGUCAGGUCUCCAAUCCCCAAAAUGGGAAGCCCGAUCCCCAGCCCUAUGUUUGGUCUUCAGAAGCUACCCCAGUGCACACGCUGCUGCAAUGGCAUUGUUGGCACCAUUGUGAAGGCCAGAGACAAGCUUUACCACCCCGAGUGCUUUAUGUGCGACGACUGUGGCGUCAACCUCAAGCAGAGAGGCUACUUCUUCAUCGAGGACAAUCUGUACUGUGAGACCCACGCCAAGGCACGCGUCCAGCCCCCAGAGGGCUAUGACGUUGUUGCAGUGUACCCCAACUCCAAGGUGGAGCUUGUCUGAGAUGGAGAUGCAGCUGGUCAUACUGUAAUAUAACUGGGAAACCAAGAUAUGGGAGAAUGGGGCUACUGAGUAUCCUAGCCUGGAUUUGCUAGGUUCUGUCAGGCAGGAAUGUCGAUCUUGGAUCACUUUUGUCUUUGGGAGAGUCCAAUGAAAUGUAUGUUUCACUGAUCCAAUAUCAGCAUUUCUACACUGACAGACCUAAUAAAUGCUAUGUAUAUUGAGGAAAUAUGUUGAGAAUAAGGCUCGAGUCUGAGGAGAAUCUCAUAACUUCAACCCAUUAACAAGCUGACAUUGUAUGUUAUGUCCCAAUCUGACAGCCCUCAUCUCUCAAUCUGCGUGUUUACAUUGAUUCCUAGAUACAAGAGAACCAGUUAAGCUCAUAUUAACAAAACUGUGUUCAUAUCCAUAUCACAACCACAGCAUUCCAGAGUAUUCCCUGUAAUCAACAAGAAAACAAGACAGAUGCAAAAGUCAAAAGUAAAUAGAAUGGAGAUGCUGGAGAUCCAGUCUGAAAUGAAUACACCAGCAGCCACCUAUGUUUUUCUAACAAUCAGCAUAUCAGUUUAUCACCAGCAUAAUAUCCAGUGUCCCAUGACAACCCUCUCUUAGGCCUUAACUGUUAAGCACGAGUGUGUGCAUGAAAUGCGUUACCACAAGAGAUUUUUUGAGCUGAUUGGUUUGUUUGCUGUGAUGAAGUGUGCAGAGAUGUUGGAGGUUUUUCUGCCUUCUGACCAAUUUUGCCUUUAGCCAUUAGAAAGAUAGUUUCCCAUGCAGCAUACUACACUACAAACGUGUCUUUGUUUUGGAAAGUAAUCUAAAGUAUAGGGAUAUAUUUAAGUUUUGGUUAAUGGGUUUAAAGGUUUCUGUGUCUUUUUUUUAUGUUACAGUUACACAUUAUACUCCUGUUGCGGAUGGACUUUUGCAUUUGUAAAUUACAUGUAUACGAUUUACCUUUCAGACUUUAAGGCUUAGGUUUUUUGGACUUUCUAUGUUACAAAACUGGGGAGCAUCACUAUUUUAUUGCCACUUUUUAUGCACACAUUUCAAUUAUGUGGAAAAAAUAAGCAAUAAUUCAUUAUAAGUGGAUCAGGUACAGGUAUAAUUGUGAGUGUCUGGAAUGUGCGUCAGUAUGCUUUGGGGUGUGGGUUUACUGAACUGUAACCUAUAAUGAAAGCCUCCGUAUGCAGCUAUGCAAGCACCACCUUCUGCAAUGUAAAUAAAACCCUGCAGGAGACAUUCUCAAAGCUCUGGGAGAAACUCUAGAACUUGGUGAGAAUCAGUGUAAAGAAUUUCUCCCAGAUCUGCUCACAACAACCUCAAUAUUCACCAAAUUGCAAAAACAAUGAAACAGUGAAAUAACUUAGUCCAGUGCAGUGAAUGCAAGCAAUGAUGACAUUUUGAAAGAAGAAGAUAAAGUGCUUCUGGCUCAUGCACCUGACUGAGAGAGGAAUUUCAACUCUCACACUGAAGAAGUUCACUGGCUGUGUUUAUUAAAAACACCCCAGGUUAACACCAAUAUGCGCUCCGCCCUUCCUGACAGCUUUUAUAAAUGGUCAUGUGCAUUUGAUACAGGAGAUGCGGCCACAGAAAAUUGUAAGAAACUCAUAAACUGGGACUCCACAGUCUACAACAUGUGGGAGUAAUAUUCACUUUGUUUAGAUUUUUGGACCCACUACAUAGAUACAUUACAGUUCCUCUUUGGAAGACGGAAAAAGAAGUUGGAAGUAUGCAUAGUUUUACUCCCUUCCUACAAUGAAUUCAGAUUUCUGGUCACAGCCAAGUCCAUGAAACAAAUGAAAUAUAUUUCUACAUUUCCUCUGAGAGAGGGGAACAGAAAGGGAGGGAGUAAGGAGGGAGUGAGAAAGAGAAAUGAGGAGACGGCAUGGAUUUUCUUCUCUUGACAGACAUUCUCUCUGCAGGAAGAAAGAAACGUGCCAUUAUGACUGCAAUAUGUGGCCAUCUGUCUUGGCUUAUUGUGAAUGGUGAAGUAAACUGGGUGGAGAAGAGUGAUUUUAUUCUUAAUUUUUAAAAAAGGCUUCUAACAAAACUACUUUUGUAAUUUGAAAUGAGAAUGAGAAAAUACAUUUUGCAGUGCUGAUAUCCUUUUUUUAUAGAUAUCAACAAAGUUGUGGAUGUUGAUAUGCCAUCUGUGCUAGUUUUCUUGUAAAUUAUGUGAAAAUGAUAUUGCUACCACAUUGUUUCUUUGGUAUUGUAAAUAUUUGUUUUAUCGUGAUUGCUUUAACAUAUAUAUAACAUGUCACUCACAUGCCUUUGCGUAGCCUGUGUCUUUAAAUGAUUUCUUUGACACAAAUCCUCUUCUCUUGUUUAACUUAUUGCUCUUCUAGCACAUGGUUUUUGUCCUGGAUCUUAUUUGCUUUUUUUUUCUAGGAUAUAAAUAAAAUGAGAAGCGCA